GGUGUGGAUGUCAAACUCCAUCAGGUCAACUAGAAACUAAUUGCAUAUUUCUCUAUUUAAACAUGACAGAUACAGUACAGACUACUUUAUUCUUCUUAGCAAUUGGAGAGUUUUCAGUGGGGAUCUUAGGGAAUGCAUUCAUUGGAUUGGUAAACUGCAUGGACUGGGUCAAGAAGAGGAAAAUUGCCUCCGUUGAUUUAAUCCUCACAAGUCUGGCCAUUUCCAGAAUUUGUCUAUUAUGUGUAAUACUAUUAGAUUGUUUUAUGUUGGUGCUGUAUCCAGAUGUCUAUGCCACUGGUAAACAAAUGAGAAUCAUUGACUUCUUCUGGACACUAACCAACCAUUUAAGCAUCUGGUUUGCAACCUGCCUCAGCAUGUACUAUUUCUUCAAGAUAGCUAAUUUCUUUCACCCACUUUUCCUCUGGAUGAAGUGGAGAAUUGACAGGGUGAUUUCCUGGAUUCUAUUGGGGUGCGUGGUUCUCUCUGUGUUUAUUAACCUUCCAGCCACUGAGAAUUUGAAUGCUGAUUUCAGGCGUUGUGUGAAGGCAAAGAGGAAAACAAACUUAACUUGGAGUUGCAGAGUAAAUAAGGCUCAAUAUGCUUCUACCAAGUUAUUUCUCAACCUGGUAACGCUGCUCCCGUUUUCUGUGUGCCUGAUGUCAUUUUUCCUCUUGAUCCUCUCCCUGCGGAGACAUAUCAGGCGAAUGCAGCUCAGUGCCACAGGGUGCAGAGACUCCAGCACAGAAGCCCAUGUGAGAGCCCUGAAAGCUGUCAUUUCCUUCCUUCUCCUCUUUAUUGCCUACUAUUUGUCCUUUCUCAUCGCCACCUCCAGCUACUUUAUUCCAGAGACGGAAUUAGCUGUGAUUUUUGGUGAGUUUAUAGCUCUAAUGUACCCCUCAAGCCAUUCAUUUAUCCUAAUACUGGGGAACAAUAAAUUAAGACGCGCAUCUCUAAAGGUGCUUUGGACAGUAAUGUCUAUUCUAAAAGGAAGAAAAUUCCAACAACAUAAACAGAUCUGAAGAAAAACUAAGCUUUUCUAGGACAAACAAAGAUAAGAUGUUUCUAAAUUAACUUCAGUUGUUGCGUUAAUGUUUUAUGGAUUAAUGAUUCCUAAAACUUAAUUAGUAUAUCUGUAAUUGUAAUGUAGGGAAUCUUAUGUACAGCUGGCUGGAUCUCUGUAUCUCUGUGUCUGACUCUGUCUGUGUCUCCCUGUUUCUCUCUUCUCUCGCUCUUCCUUUCUUUAGAGUUGCUGUUUUUUAAAACGUGUUUCAGAACAAAGAGAAAUUAAUAUCCUAAUAUAAACUAUUGAGAGUAGAGGGCAUUUUCAUAGUUCUAAACCCUGUUUCCAGAUGCAAAGUUGUGUGACCAAUUCAAAACAACUGUAAUAGGAUCUUGCUGUUAUUUGCAUCUUUAUGAAAAGCAACUAGUUCCUUCUCAUAGUCUUCAUUAGA